AUAAAUAGAACAGCGGGGGUUGAGGCAAAAGCGUUUCCCAGAAACCAGGUUGAGAAGAAUAUUCUCCUUUCCGUGCGUUGGUUUUACAACAAAAACAUCACUUUUUCAGAAAUCACAAGAGCAGUUCGAUCUCUAAUGGAAACAGAGUUUCGUUCGAGCACAAGAAAAACAGAGAAAAGGAAGCAACAGAAGCUGGGCCAAGAGGAAAAGCCAUACAGGGGGAUAAGGAUGAGGAAGUGGGGUAAAUGGGUGGCCGAGGUUCGAGAGCCCAACAAGCGGUCCAGGAUUUGGCUCGGGUCUUACUCCUCCCCCGUGGCCGCCGCCCGGGCCUACGACACCGCCGUGUUCUACCUCCGGGGGCCCGCGGCCAGGCUGAACUUCCCCGAGUACGUGGACGGAGAAGCGGAGGUUCGUGACGUGUCGGCCGCCUCAAUACGGAAGAGGGCAACCGAAGUCGGUGCUAGGGUUGAUGCUAUCGAAACUGCCCUCCACCGUGUAUCCGCGUCGUCGGAACCCAGUUCCAGCCGGGUCUUGAAUAAGCCAGACUUGAACAAAUACCCGGAACCCGAAAACGGCGAAGAGUGAGAGACUACAAGAGUGGAUUUUUUUCAAGAGUCUUCCGAUGAUGUUCUGGUGUUUUGAAUAGCAAUCGAUAUCGAAUAUCGAUAAGCAUAGAUGCUGAUACGGUAUGUAUCUGGCUAUAUCGGCGGAUAUAAGACAGUACUAUCGUAUAUAUAUUUUGAUAUGUGAAGGAGGUCAAUAUUUUGAUGGGUAUCAUCGGCGGAUACGUUAUGUAUAGAGGUUGUAUCGAUCCGAAGGGAUUAUAAUAGGUUUAGUGAAGGAUCUUUUUGUCCUGAGUAUCCAUGUUCAUGUCUAAAAGCCAAUAUCUCCGUUAAGCCUUUGUAUUGUUAGUUGCUACAACUACACUUAAUAUUUGUAUCUUUUGCUUUGAUAACAGGCGGUUGUCCACUGUCCAGGCCUCUGUACGUA